AUGUCCGUUGCGUCAGGGGACUAUACAGUGCAGGUUGCCCGGUUGCGGUGAAUAGCUGAAAUGGUAUGGAAAUAAAAGACGAGACUUCAGAUGCAUGGUAUACAGGCGCAGGGGGCCACACAAAGGCCAUGGAGUCACACACAGAUUGAUUUAACCCGUUUAUAAAGCUGCAAAGAAGGACGGAAUACUUUAGCCAUAGGCUUUAAUGCAGGUCAGGCCUGAGAUAUUGUAUAACAUGUAUACUGUAAUAUCUUAUUGUGUGGUUGACUCUCAUUGAAAUACUGCAUUUGAGGAAUAUUUUAAUGGGUAUAUUGACCCAGAAAGUGAUUUCUGAAGACGAAUAUUCAGUAACACUUCAUGAGCAUUUAUUUAAGUGAUAAUGCCUGAGAAGCCGGUGUUUGGAGGAUAUAUUGGCACGGGUGUUGUUAGUGGCAAACCGUGGCAAUAUAUCCUCUAAACACCAGCUUCGAGGGCAUUAUCAAUUUUAUACAAUGGGUUAUCAACAUAUUUAAAUAAUGAUUUACAUAUUUUCAUUAAAAACAUUAUUUUUUAUUAAUUUAUUCAUACUAUUUCAUCCUUCCACAAGAUAUUGUCCCGACAUAAAUCUAGAGUUACUACCCACGUCGGCUGAUCGAACCAUACUGGCUGGCAACGUUAUUAUCCCUUGCUUGCUAGCUAGCCAACUAUGGCUAACUUACAGUCAUGUCAAACAGUGCAGCCAGAAUAACAGCAAAGUAGCUGCAUUUGCGUUUGUUUAAGCUGUUUUCUAGUUACAUUUAUUUGGAUACAUCCAUAACAAUGAGCUAAUGAUGCACGAUUUCACAUGGCGUAGAAAAUGUGCUCUCUCUCGUCAGGACACUGUUGUUCAGAGGAGCUAGCCAACAACACAGCUAACACAAUCACUUCAAACUAAAGCUGGAAAGACAGCAAACUAGCUGUUGACCUGUUUUCUAUUGAUAGUUCUUUGUAUAUAUCAAUACAAAUGAUUCUGAUUCAUGAUUUUGACUGGCUGAGAAAAGCUGCCUGCCUGUCUGUCUCAUCCCGACACGUUCAUUACUAUGGGACAUCUGGAUAUUGAAUUUGAAUAAUGAAACAAUGUUGCAAAUGUUGGAGAGACAGACGGCAAGGUUUAUACAAAUCUCCACUGUUGAAAACUAAAUGUUAGUCUCAAAGAAAUGUGAGAUAAUGUCUAGAUGCUUUUUAUAGUGGAGAUCAAGUUUAUAAACUCCCCCCAAUACACACACACACACACACCAACUCCCCCCAAUACACACACACAUAAACACACACCAACUACCCCAAUACACACACACACAUAAACACAUAAACACACACCAACUACCCCAAUACACACACACACCAACUACCCCCAAUAAACACACAAACACACACACACACACCAACUCCCCCCCAAUAAACAUACACACACACCAACUACCCCAAUACACACACACACCAACUACCCCCAAUAAACACACAAACACACACACACACACACCAACUCCCCCCCAAUAAACAUACACACACACACCAACUACCCCAAUACACACACACACACACACACCAACUCCCACCAAUACACACACAAACACACAAACACACAUACACCAACUCACCCAAUACACACACACCAGAUGGAACAGAGUAAAUAGGCAUUUUAACGUCAUAGAUUUAGCCGGUGGUAACUUGUGGAAUAGACACCGGCUGGAAUGUGGUUUUAACCAAUCAGCAUUCAGGAUUAGACCCACCCGUUGUAUAAUAGCGGCAAUGUUGUACAUUAUACUGUUAAACAGUACAUAAAUGCACACACAAACACACACAUACACACACCAACUCCCCCAAUACACACACACCAACUCCCACCAAUACACACACAAACACACAUACACACACACCAACUCCCCCCAACACACACACAAACACACAAACACACACACACUAACUCCCCCAAUACACACCAACUCCCCCAAACCCUCCCCUGUGUAACUGCCCUGUUGAUUAACCCUUUACGUCUCCUGAUCUCUCUCUAUCUCCCCCUCCGUAAUCCCUCUCUUUCUCUCUCGCUCUCUCUUUAUCUCUCUCUUUCCCUCCCCUUCUUCCCCCCUGAUAGCUGGUGAAGUCAUCCCUAGGACAGGAGACUCAGGAUGAGAAGAUGGCUACCCUGCUGCUACCACCGGGUCCUGACAGCUUGCACCGGUUUACCUGUGAGUCCCUGGCUGCCGUGGAGCAGCGGAUCGCCGAAGAAGAGGCCCGGCGCACCAAGCACUACCAGGAGGACCUGGGAGAUGUGGAGCUGCCCAGGCCCCGGGCCGACCUGGAGGCCGGUAAACAGCUGCCGCGCAUCUUCGGCGACAUCCCCAACGGCCUGGUGGGCGUCCCACUGGAGGACUUCGACCCAUUCUAUUUCAAGAACCAGAGAGUGAGAAUGGGGUGGGAAUGGAUACUUGAGGGUGUGUGUGGGUGUGUGGGUGUGUGUGUGGUGUGUGUGUCCUUAUACCUGUGCUUGGAUGCCUGGGAAUAUUGAAUCUGUAUCCAAAUGCGUGUCACUUCUUAUAUCAUCACUGCCAUCUCUUUCCUUUGUGUAUUUGACCUCCUUGAAGGAUGUCAUUUUUAGUACGACUCUAAUUACCGGAAUCUUCCAGUGUUCUUUUGUACAUCUGAACCAAUAUCCCCCUCUGAAACACAUCUGAUGUAUUCACAAUGACCAUCCUUAUAUGAAUGCUAUGAAAUAGUGUGUGUGUGUUUGUGUGUGUGUGUGUUUGUGUGUGUGUGUGUGUGUGUGUGUGUGUGUGUGUGUGUGUGUGUGUGUGUGUGUGUGUGUGUGUGUCAGUAUCAGUCCUAAUUGAAACUGGCUGAGCCUUUGAGGAAGGGUUGAAAUGAUUUCCCAUGCCCAUAUUUGGGCCCUGUGACUGGACCUUUCCUGUGACUGGACCUUUGGGCCGCUGAUUCAGGAAGUGUGUGUGUUGGCAGGACGUAAAGGAAAGGACAGACUGAUGGAUAGAAGGAUGAAUCAGUUAGACAGACAGACAGACAGGCAGACAGACAGACAGACAUACAGACAGACAGACAGACAGACAGACAGACAGACAGACAGACAGACAGACAGACAGACAGACAGACAGACAGACAGACAGACAGACAGACAGACAGACAGACAGACAGACAGACAGACAGACAGACAGACAGACUGACUGACUGACUGACUGAUGAAUAGAAGGAUGAGUCAGUCAGACAGACAGACAGACAGACAGACUGAUGAAUAGAAGGAUGAGUCAGACAGACAGACAGACAGACAGACAGACAGAUGAUAGGUUUAGUGUUGCUACUGCUAGCGCUGUCUGUUUCCCUUACUCUCCUUCUUCCCUAAUAAGAGUUUAAAGUUCUGCUUUGAAAUGGGAUCGUGCCCCUCUCACUGAGUAGGGCUGUUGAAUGUCGGUCCUGGAGGGCCGAAACACUUCUGGUUUUCAUCCUGUUCUUCUAAUAAGGGACUAAUUCAGACCUGAGACACCAGGUGAGUGCAAUUAACUACCAGGUAGAAACAAAAACCUGAAGUGUUUUGGCACUCCAGGACCGGCAUUCAACAGACCUGGUGUAGAGGGUGAUUCUAUACAGCAGGGGUUUCAAACUCGUUCCAUGGAGGGCCUAGUGUCAGCUGGAUUUUGGUUUUUCCUUUCAAUUAAGCCCUAGAAAACCAGUUGAGGGCAGUUCCUUACUUAUUAGUGACCUUAAUUCAUCAACCAAGUACAAGGGAGGAGCGAAAACCCGCAGACACUCCUCCGUAGAAUGAGUUUGACACGUGCUAUACAAUACGUAUUACAGUAAACCCCCCAGAGUGGCACAUUUGUGUUCCAGCCCAACACUAGCACAUUGCUCUUUUGCACCCCAGUAUCUCUAUUUGCACAUAAUCUCUUGCACAUCUAGCAUUCCAGUGUUAACACUAAUUGUAAUUAUUUUGCACUAUAGCCUGUUUAUUGCCUUACCUCCAUAACUUGCUACAUUUGCACACACUGUAUAUAUAUUUUCUGUUGUAUUUUUUGACUUUAUGUUUUUUUUACCCCAUAUGUAACUCUGUGUUGUUGUUUUUAUCGCACUGCUUUGCUUUAUCUUGGCCAGGUCGCAGUUGUAAAUGAGAACUUGUUCUCAACUGGCUUAAAAAAAAAAAAAAAAAUCCUGAGUGAACUUUACUUGACUUAUUGUCAAGCCACUUGAUAAGUUGAAUCAGGUGUGAUAGUGUUGGGCUGGAACAAAAAUGUGCAACCCUGGGGUUACUGGACUAAACAUGCAUUCCAGGAUGUGAGUAUUAGGCUUUUAAGCUGGUGGAUAAAUCUAAUUGAACUGACAGCUAUGGCUGUAGUUGCUGUGGCAUGAGUUGUGAUUUCAGUGUGUAGCAGUUGAGAAAAUACAUUGAAUCAGCUGCCCAGGGAGUGGAAAUUGUACUGUUACAGUAUGUGAAAAGGACAGAGGCCAUAGUAGGCUACUGGUUUCAAGGUGCUCAGUUUGAAAUGUAUUCUUUCAAAAUUCAUCAGUCAGGAGCUUUGGCUGGUUUGCCCAGGACACAGAAGGAGGCUGAGGUGGGUAUGGAAAGCUAUUUCUCCUGGGUAUAGAUAGUUCUCCUGGGGAUAGAUAGUUCUCUCUAACACUCUCACUUCCUUAAUGUCUCUGCCUCUCUCUCUCUCUCUCUCUCUCUCUCUCUCUCUCUCUCUCUCUCUCUCUCUCUCUCUCUCUCUCCCUCCCUCCUCGCUCUCUCGUUCUCUCUCUUUUUCUCUCUUUCACUCUCUCACUCUCUCUCCCCUCCCUCCUCGUCCCCAAAUCAGCCCAGGUGCACAUCUCCUCCAGGGGAAACAAAACCAACCUGUCACUGUUUAUCUUAAACGGCAUAGGCCUCGCUAUCUGAUAAUCCAAUAGGUUUCCACAGCGAAAGACUGUGAGAGAGUGGAUAGGCAUUCAGACUUCUUUGAUGGCCAACAGUCUAGUAUAGAGUGGGCUAUCUUUGUUGUUAUCUCUGGAUGUUAGAGGAAUGAUAACCCUACUUCACAGAAUGUUCCACCCCAGUGAUGUGACUACAGCCACUGUAAUGUUCUUACACGUUCUCACACUUCCAGCAGACCUGCUGGAAUUUUAAUGGACGUUAUACUCCAAAAUCAGCAUCUGUCAGAUAUGUUCUGACCUCCGAAGUGGUCCACGUUCCAGGCCAUCUGAUUAGCCACAUCCCAAAAUGCAUUGAAAAGAUAAGCACCAUAUCAUUUCAAAAGUUUGGUACUUAUGUUUUACAUCCAUUUGGGGUUGAGGUGAAUAGCUGGAUCGACACAACCGAUGGCUUGGGAUGUGGACUCAUCUUGACAUUACACUACUUUUGAGGUCUGAAAACAUCUGACACACUUUGAGUGUAAUGUCCCUUUAAGCACAGAGCAGCAGUUGAUAGAGUACAGAGUAUUAGGGAGUUUCAGCACAUUCUGGACUGGCUGAUAUCAAUCUCCUUCAUCUCUGUGUUGUGUUGUAUCUCCCAUGAGGAGACUCCCUUAAAGGUAACAUCUUCUAUAGACCUGUCAGGUUUUAUCAUUGACAGGGCAUUAAAGGAAGUUAUUAUUUUUUUUUACGAGCGCCAUCUUGCUCGUUAUAAUACGUAAUCAGUGCUUUUAUUUGUGCAUGUCUGUGUGUGUAGAUGUGUGUGUGUGUAUGUGUGUGUGUGUAGAUGUGAGUGUGUGUGUGUAGAUGUGAGUGUGUGGUUGGUGUCACUGCAAGUUUAUUGUACAUGUUUAUUGCCAUGCCAUGUUGUCCUUAACCAUGACGCAUCUUUCUGUCUCUUUCGAUCGCCCUCUCUCUCCCCCUCUCUCUCCGCCUAUCUCACUUUCUGUUUCUCCACAGACUUUUAUAGUACUGAACAAAGGGAAGGCCAUCUUCCGAUUUAGUGCCACAUCUGCACUCUAUAUUUUUAGCCCCUUUCAUCCU